AUGGAGGAGGGUUAUGAAUUUGAAUUCGAAUCGAAUGGGGGCCCCUGGGGCCCAGAGCAGGAGGCGGCAGUCGCUGUAGAGAACCUCUACUAUGAGGCUCAAGACUUGCACCUGCUGGAGGAAGUGGUGCAACGCGAGGCAGAUGUGGUACAUAAGCCUUGGACGUGCAAAGCCCUUCUGUCGCUCACGCUGCUCGCACUUGGAGAAGGUACUACGGUGGAACCGCUUGUUAUCUGUUCUUGGUUUUGCAGUCGCAGCUCCACCUCCUACGAUUGCUGCGCCCUGCAGUACUCGAGGUUUGGUGAGAGUAAUGUUCUUGCUUCAUAUAAUACCGCUGAUCAUGCACUUAGCUCCACUAGAGGUGUUGUUCUUUUGGCUGCUACUUCAGGGAACUUCGACUGCGCUGGUGCUCAUUACCAGCGUCUGCUACAGCAGAUACCUACUGUUGCUGCUGGAGAAGCAGCUGCAACAGUCGAAGCAGUUCUUUCUGCAGCUGCCAAACUUGUGGGUAUCGAACAGCACAACGGACUCCCAGACAUUUUUGUUGCUGCUCCCCUACAGAAGCAGCAACAGCAGAAGCAGGAGACAGAUGGACAAGUAGACCAGGAUUCACCACUUAAUGUUUCAGCAGCCGAGGCAAGUUUGCGAAGACCCUCUUCUGCUAAAGGUGGGCAGGUUCUUGAAAAGCUGAUGCUCUAUACUCUGGAAGCAUUAACGUCCCAAGGAAUGAAGAAACCACGGGUGCAUGUAUACAACCAGCUGCUCCGGCUGUACAUACAUCUCGGAGAAUGGCAUAAGGCUAAGAGCCUGCUGCCUGAGGUGCAUCAGGCGUGGAGCGACCCUUCUUUGCCACUGCACCAGCAGCUUGAAGCAGCAGCAGUAGAAGCACUGUGGUACACAUACAGCCGAGAUUGGCCGCGGCUGCAACAGCUGAUGCCGCAUGCGCUGCGGCUUGCUUCUGCAUCCCUAGACCCCAGAAGCACCGCUGCUAUCAGGGAGUGCGGGGCAAGAUUGCUCAUGGAGCUGCAGAUACACCCAGGCCUGCACGCGGGGCAUAGUCAGGUGCAGGAACAGAAGCGGGAGCAGCAGCAACCCUGGGUUGAUAUUCACGCGCACCUAAUGGCGGCAUUUCGUCAUCACCAAGAAAUCGGGGAUAUUUACGCUGCGACAGCUGCGCUACGUCGUGCGGUGCUCAUUUCUCCGUUGGCCAUCUCCGCUGUGGAUCCUUUUAGCACACCAGAGGGGAAGGCACUGCAGGACGACCCUACUGUGCGCUCAGCUAAGGCACUGCGGACUGCCUUUGAGGCUAGCGAUAUCGCAGGCGUCGAGGAGGUGCGUCGGAAGCCCUACUCAGACUCCAAACCCUUUACACCAAAACCCAAACCUCUGCUUGCUUUGCACCUCAGGGAACUGCGCGCUAAAUCUUAUCAUCCGAACACAGCGUUAGAGUGUAAAGCUGCCGGUUAG